CAGCAACGCGAGGAGCCGUCCAGGAAUAUCAAGGAACAACGCGUGAGCUCCAGCGUCGGCCACACCGGGGUAAACAAAGGCAGUAAGCUCUCCAUGAGCUUACGAACUGCCAUUGGGGCCAUUAGUGCCCUCAAUGAAUUUUCCACUUUUUUUCAGUGGGCAAAAUGUGCUAUUUCAUCGCUGCACUAUGUAUGGAGUGGAUCACAGGAGAAGGAUAUUCAAGAUCAGUUAUUCCAAUUGGAGAGUGUCCUACAACGUCUUAGGGAUACUCUUCCCGCAAUGUACAAUCUCAUUGACCGAGCAGAAUGGAGGAGCCACCAACACUGUGUGGCCGAGCUCCUUCCGAAACUCAAGGAUGCAGUGUACGAUGCUGAUGACCUUCUUGAUGAGUUUAGUUGGCAUGAACUGAAGGUUCAAUUGGAGGGAAAUGCAACUGAGUCUGCUAUCAUUGAAUUCUUUCAUACUGUCGUACAAGGUAGCUUCAAUAAAUUGACUGAUGUCCAAGGAAGGCUGGAUCAUCUCUCUAGCCAGCUGGAGAAGCUGGGGCUACGUGAAGUUAGACAACAAUUUGACAAAGCAGUCAGGCCAGAGACGAGCUCUCUCCCAAAUGAAGCAAAAACUUUUGGCCGUAACAAGGAGCUCAAGCAGGCGAUGAGAUUUCUCAGUGCACCUACAUGCUCAAAACGAAAGAGAACAAGUAUUUCAGUCAAUGCAUCUACAAGCACAAUACCAAGUAACCAACUUAGUAAUGAAACAAGGAUAUUAAGUAUUCCUGUUUUGCCAAUAGUAGGAAUUGGUGGUGUUGGCAAAACUACUUUGGCGCAACAUAUCUGCAACCAAAAUCAAGUGAAGUCCCACUUUGAAAGGAUACUCUGGAUUUGUGUCUCGGAUGAUUUUGAUGUGAAAAGGUUAACCAAAGAGUUUAUAGAGUCAUGUUGCCACAAGAAGCCAACAAAUGAUAAUUUGGAUUCUCUUCAACGUGCUCUUUCUAACCAUGUGAACAAUAAGAGGUUAUUGAUUGUCCUCGAUGACAUGUGGGAUGAUGCCUUGAAGGAAAAUAUGCAGUGUUGGAAGAGGUUUUGUGCACCGUUAUUAAGUGCCCAAGAGGGGAGUAUGAUGUUGGUCACCACUAGAUGUCCCAAGGUUGCCGAGGGGGUCGGCACAAUGGAACCCAUUACAUUAGAAGGUUUAAAGGAAGGUGUCUUUUGGAAUUUCUUCAAACUAUGUGCAUUUGGAUCUGAGAGUUCCAACAAUGAUCCUGAGUUAGAGGGCAUUGGGAGAAACAUAAUUCCUAAAUUAAAGGGAUCUCCAUUAGCUGCUAAAACUCUUGGACGCAUGUUAAAAACGGACCUUCAUGCAUCACAUUGGAUAUCUAUACUUGAGAGUGAAUUGUGGGAGCUGAGACAAGAGGUGACUGAUAUUUUGCCUGCCCUUAGGUUGAGCUACAUGUAUUUACCCUUCUAUUUGAAGAGAUGCUUCUCAUUUUGUGCAGUGUACCCCAAAGAUUACAAAUUUAAAAUGAAUGAUUUGUCUGAAAUUUGGGUGGCAGAAGGCUUUGUGGAACCACAUGGAGAUAAUUUCAUCCAAAAAAUUGGUCAACAAUAUUUUCAAGAUCUCGUAUCUCGGUCUUUCUUUCAAAAGGUCGGCGGUGGAUACAUAAUGCAUGACUUGUUGCAUGACAUGGCACAAAAAGUUUCGGAGCAUGAGUGUUUUAUCUUAAGAAACAAGAAUGAUUUCGAUAAAGUUCCUCAGAGUGUUCGUCAUAUAUAUGUGCAUCCUAGUAGUGACAUUGACAAUUCCAACCUUUUAAGCCUAUGCAAGCACACAAAGCUGCGUACCAUCAUCUGCAAGAAGCAGUCCGGGCAUAAAAGAAGUUCUGUAAUGGACAACUGGUGUGGUAAACUAUUGCGUAUCCGUGUGAUGUCUUGUGCCUCUACCAGUGAGUUACCAGAUAGCAUUGGCAACUUGAAGCAUCUCCGGUACCUCAAUAUCUACAAAGGUAGUGCUUUGAGCAUUCCUCCAACUUCCAGUUCUCUCUAUAAUUUGCAGAUUUUGGAUGUCAAAACAUGCAAGAUAGAAAGCUUGCCGGGUGACUUUAGUAACUUGAGGCAUCUACAGAGAUUUGUAUCAAAAGGAUUCUUGUAUUAUCCUAUGUGUCUGUUCUGCAUCGAUGCAGCCAAGCAGGUACAAGAAGUUACAUUAAUGAAGAAUCUGAACCAAUUUCGUGGGGAUUUGGAGAUAAUUAAUGUUGACAUGCUAAGUAAGGAGCAUGCAGCGAAAACCCAACUAAAGAAUAAGAAGUAUCUUUACAAGUUGACACUUGAGUGGUCAGGAGGUUUCAGCGAGUCUCAGAUCAUGCAGCACAAUGCGUUAGAACUGCUUCAAGUUCUGCAACCUCCUACAAGUCUCAGAUCUCUGUUACUUAAGAAUUAUCCUGGUGUCUCUCUCCCAAGCUGGUUCCAGGCACAGAUCAUAAACUUAAAUGAUCCACCAACUGAAAGGUUUAGGGAUCUGAGCUUCCUUGAAAAACUGAGUGUACGCGGUAGUUCAAAGAUCCGCUCUCAAAGUUUGGCAUCUCCGUCCCUUAAAUGGCUCGAGCUGGGUGAUUGCGGCAGUCUAUUGGAUAAUAUUGAUUGCUGCUCCCUCACAAAUGUUACUAUAUCAUAUUCCUCUGUCAGGUCCAUCCAACCACAAAUGUGGAGUCUUCCAGCUCUACAAGAGUUGAAAUUUUAUCGUUGCGAAUCCCUUACAUAUAUUGGAGUCUCCACUGUUCCCCCCCUUUGCGCAGGCACGGGCAACAUCAGAGCAUUCCCGAAGCUUACUUCGCUCGAAAUUGAGGGCUGCGAUAAAUUGUCAAUCGUUGAUGGGCUCCUCACACAAGGAUAUCUACCCGCCAUUGAGAGAAUCCAAGUUAGAUAUUGUAACGAGUUAGUGUCCCUGACAGGAGAAGGGUUUGGAAGUUUUCCUUCUCUUAAACAUCUGCAUUUUUAUUCAUGCCCAAGUCUCAACUGGCAAAGGGUAUUGGUGUUACCACCCUGUCUCCAAUCUCUCGAGUUGAAUUGUUGUGGGGAUUUCUCUGCAAGUGUACCUGGAUGCCUAGAAAACCUCACAUCCCUCGUGUCACUGAGGAUGGGUGGAUGCUAUGGUAUCACAUCCAUUCCAACUAACAUUUGGUGCAAUGAUCUUGCAUUACUUGAGAAUUUGGAAUUUUCCUACUGUCCGAACCUAGUUUCAAUCGGUGGAGCAAAAGCAGUUGCAAAAAUAAAGAAGGUGAUCAUAUACAUGUGUCCAAAUUUAGAGGAAGCAGAGCAGAUCAUGAGGAGAGUCUGACGGUCUUCACGGAGGACAGGAGCUGGAGCGCAUGGCUUCUGGAAUCUGGAUGCAAUCCCAAUUUUUGCAGUUGACUAUCGACCGGCAGAUUCCCAGUUUGUACAGAGGCUAAACUUGCUGUUUCAAACACUUGGACCACUUCUUGCGAUCGAGUAGCAACUUACAAGGCAUGCAUGACAUUGUAAGUAACGUCCCUGAAAGGAGUUCCAUAAUUUAUAUUGUGUGUCAAAUAAGUGAGACUAACACAUGUGGCAUACUGAAACUUGGUGUAUGCCAUGAAUUUUGCUGAGAAUUUAUAUAUGUCAUGUAUAACUAGCUUCGGCCUAGUCUAGCAGGAAAUCUAUAUACUUAGAUGAUAUUUGUAAAGCCAAGAAAUUGAAUUAUGGCGUCGGAGUUUUAGACUGAUGCUAUUUGGACAUGAGGACAGAGCUUCAGACUUCAGAGUUCUGAUGUUCAAAAUGAAUUGAUUUACUAUUGGCCAAGGCCAAAUUUUGUGGCUAUUUAUGGUGCUAUCCUGGGGUCAGCGUCAGUCAUUCCCUGGUCUAUGAUAUUCAGUACGUUGCACAUUGUUACAUUCAGAAUGACAUCCCAGUGGUCUAUGCCACAAACAGAUGAACUAUAAGGCAAAGCGAUGUUGGAUUUUUCUCGACAAAGAAAGCGGUGUUGGCUGUAUCCAUUCCUGCAAGCUGGUACAAAAGAGAGCCAUCUCACCUCUAGCCAGAGCCAUCCUCCACGACUGUUCCGACCAUUGCAUCCUUCCCAUCAUCCUCCCGUCCCUCUUUUUAUUCGGCGCGGCAACACCGACGGUAGAUGUCGAGCUCCGCUUCAGCCUCUCACUGCUCAUGGCCGCGAUAUGGUCCAGUCCUGAUGGGAAGGUGUCCUGAUUGCCCACGUACCGCGCCCCUGAAGCGCCUGAUCACAUCGAGCGACAAGAAUGGCAACCUCGGACUCGAGUUUGUAAAAUGCGAGAGCAAGCCAGAGCUAGAAAAGGAUUAUGGAGGAUUCCAUUGGUGAUCUAUCAUACCUGUUUAUGAAAUAAAGAAUGAAUGCCCUUAGGGGUCUAGCUUCCCUUCCUUUCCUUGCCUGGAAGCUCUCUAAAGCUUUUUUGCUUUUCCGAUGAUGUUCCUAGCUACCUACUAUGAUGGUAGGGAAAGACUUUACUAAGUAUUAGAUAGGGCUAACGGGUUACAUCAGGAGGGGUAUAUGAGAAAAAUGUCCAGGCCUCACGCGCGCAAAACAACAUAAUUGAAAGCUCUCGUCUCAGUCGCUCGCCUAAGAAAAGGUACAGGGUUGCUCCGUGAUGACGAAUAAGCAACCCAGCCCAAUCCUUGCUUUCAUAGAAAAAGGUGAAUUUACUCUAAUAUUCGUUCAAUGAAUCCAAGGUGCUUUAUGAUAUUAAGCAAGCUCCUCGUGUUUGCAUAUUAGUUGAAAUCAUGGGAUGUGUUCCUCUCUAAUGUCGACGAGUUUGGGGAAUAUACUCAUGACAGAUCCAAUCGA